GUGUCUGCGCUCACACGUCAUCUCCCCGCGACCUCUGAAACCUCCACAUGUAAACAUCUCACGUCUUUUCGGACGAUUUGGCUCAAAUGGCGCCGACAGAUCGGAAAACGAGGAGCAACAAGUUUACAGGGAAAGAUGGAAACUGGAAUAAGUCGAACAGUAACGUGCAGGGGGCGAAGAAGAAGAAAUGGACCCCGGAUCACAAAGUGUUCGAAGGCAGCGUUAGUGAAGGUCAAGGGUUUGCCUUCAAGAGGAAGGAGAAAGUCCGACACGAGUACAACAAGCUGCUGCGGAAGGAGAAGAGGAGGAACCCUGAGUCCAAGGAGCUGUACCAGGAGGAGUAUCCAGAACACCUCCGGCAUCUGUACCAGGCCGAGGCACAGAAACUCAAACAGGAGGCCUGGACCAACAGGGUGAACAGGAGCAAGCUGAGGGUGAGGAGGAAGGAGACAGACGAAGAAGAAGAAACAGAUGAAGGUGAUGGUGAUGAUGAAAAAGAGCCGGAAGCUGCAGAUCCAGAUCCAGAAGUGACAGGUGGAACUGAGCCGACAGGUUCUGUGACUGGGGACGCUGAUCCGUCUGCAGCCGCAGAGAAAGAGAGUCUCCCAAUGAGCAACCGCAUGAGGAAGAAAAUGCAGAAGAAGACGUCGUACCAGAAGACAAAAGAGGAGUUUGAGACAAUCAAAGAAAAGCAGAGGCAGAAGAAAGGGGAGUUCUUGAAGAACAAGCAGCAGAGAGAAGAAGCCAUUCAAAAGUACAAACAGAAAAAGCUGGAGACAUUUCAGAUACUGAGCAAGAAGACAAAGAAGGGGCAGCCGAAUCUGAACCUGCAGAUGGAGUAUUUGCUUCAGAAGAUCCAGAGAACUGAUAAAUGAACCUGGGAACAAUUCAACUGAAGAGCGGACCUUUCCUGAAUCUGUCUGUUUUAAAAACAAGGAUUCUUCCACUCAUGCCUCACACGUCGAGUGAUAAUCUGAGACUGAUUUACUGUUUUGUGCUUUUUCUGUUUUAUUUUGCAGUAUUUUGCCCCAGACAAUGCUGAGGCCUAUUUUAUUCCCAGACCACAAGAUGGCGUUGUAAUACAUAAACAGAUGGAAAAACCUGCUUGUGUCAGACAUUCAUUACAUUCAUGAGGUCUCCAGCUCCAAUCAGCAGCGAGGUUAACCUGACACCUGAUUGCAUGAAUAUGUUCUGGUUCGAGAUGCGACUGCGACAUCUAGAGGUUGAUGAAUAUCAUUUAUUUAACCUUUUACCAUAGACUGAAUAUUUAGACGGGCAACAUGACUGCUCGCAAAAGUGAAUAUGUGUUGAUCGCCACUUGUCAUAAGCCUCCUCUAUGUUAUUGAAUCAAACUUUCAAAAUAUUUUUUCUGAAACGUGGUGUAGAUCAUUUUCUGGAUGUGGAGAAGCGUCGUCCAUCUUUAUUUACAGUGUAUGACUGCAAUCAAUAAAUGUUUGAGUUAC